AUCACAUGAUCAAAAAAUGGCAGCCGAUAGAUCGAGCAACUUAGCAAAACAACUGUUUAGUAUUUCCUGAUAACACGAUUACAAAUUAUUGUAGUAAUGUUUAAUCAAUAUGUUGAAUGAUGAAGACUGAUGAUUCAGAGGAAGAAUACCUCCUUGUGGGUAAAACAUCAUUGGAAGAGCUUCUUGCACCUAUCAAACGAUCAGCAAGGCUUAGAUACAACUGUAUAUCAGUCUCUCAGAGGCUGGUUGCUCUAGGAUCCAACACUGGUGGUAUCUAUGUAUUCUCCAGGCUUGACAAGAAGCUGCUGCAGAUAGCUUUUGCUGACAAGGAAACCAACAGUGUUUCCAUUGUGAAAUUUAGUCCUCAUGGCAAAUUUGUUGCUUUUGCAAGUGGAAGCAGUGUUCAUGUUCUUGAUCUCAAGUUGGAGACAAGGUCAAAGGCAGAAACACUGAGGUCAUCCUCUGACCUUGGUGUUGCCAUGGCAACAUACCUGCAUUGGGACGAGACAAACAGCAAGCUGUAUGUGGGAGAUGACAGCGGCGGGAUCCAUCUGAUGACCGUUCAUACAAACAAGGCUAAGAACCUGUUUUCGUUGCCACUGGAGGUGAUCAUGAAGCUAGACUCCGGGGUGGUGCAGAUUGACAGUGUGGACGAUCGACUUCUUGUAUCUACACUGACCCGGUGCUACUUGUGCAACACUAAACAACACACCUACACACAAAUUGGAAAGAAACUGAGGGAUGGGAGUUACGGUUCAUGUUUUCUGCAUGUAGGGGACUCAACGAUGAUCUACUCUGCCCGGCCGGGAUCCCGAGUGUGGGAGGUUGACUAUGAGGGUGCUGUGUUGAAUACCCACCAGUUCCGUCAGCUGCUGGCCAUCCCGCCCUCCCCUGUCCUCAACCUUCUAAGGGCUUUACCGUCCAGUGCUGGACUGUCAGCUGCCCAGUCUGUCAGCUUUCCCAAGCUUCUUGUUCUGCACCCGAACCUUCUGUUGACCUGGACGACCUCCAGUAUCUAUGUCCUUGACCCAAUCAAUGUCAAGGUCAUACUCUGGUGCAACCAGUUCUCAGGUAUUGUUGAUGUGGCUUGUGUUGGCCAGGAGCUGUUUGUAUUCCUACAGACGAUGGAGGUCCAGUGUGUGUCCUUCCUUCCAGUGACUGUAGUUAUCCCUCUCUACAUGCGACUCUCCAAUGUGGAGACUGCUGCAGACCUCUGCCUCAGACACCGAGAAAUCUUCAUGCACAAACAUGUCAGGAAGAGGUUUGCAACUGCUGACUUGCUCAAGAUUUGUAAUCAGCUUGUAGGAAUAGAGUUAAAUGAAAAGGCUGAAAAAAUUCAUGAACUGAUUAAGGAGAUAGAACAGAAAACCGUGGUGGAUGUGGAUUUGGAAAGUUCUGAAUCCAGUGGGAAAAUAUGCUCUGCUAGUCUGUUCAGUGAUAUACAGGAGAUUGUUGUUGAACCACAAAAUCAAAGAAAUAAUGAUACCCAUAAUCAAGUUCAACAUAAAGCAACAAAACAUACAAGUGCAAAUAACAAAGAUGAAAUAGAAAUUCAGUCUUCAAAUCUAAAAGAAAACACAAACUUCGGGCGGAACUUAGAUGUAGGCAUCAAGCUAGAUUCCAUUAUUGAAGGAACUGACACAGUAGGCAAUGGGCAGCAUGCUACUUCAGUGAAUGGCUUUUACAACACUUACAACACAACAGGAAGUGACCAUAUACUUGGUGAGUCAAAUGAGGAAAUGCAGGGGAGUACACAUACACCCAAUGUUGUAGAAGAUGAAUCUGCGUAUGAAAUUCAAGAAAUGACACAACAAACAAAUGUUCUAAACGAAGAAUCUGUAGAUGUGUUUGACAUGAUGGGUGAGAUGAACAAUUUACCUUUAGAUGAUACUACUGGUUAUACUCAAAGCAAUAGUGACUGUGAAGAGAACAAACUAACUAGCAUUUCUCAAACUGAUAGUCCCAGAAUCCUUGUAAAUAGUGCUGCUCUGGUGGCAGAAAAUGAUUCAUCAAAUGUAAGGGAGGAAUAUCCUAUAGAGCAAGAUUCAAAGACACUCAAUAUUACUGAUUGCAAUAUUGAAACAGAAAUCACUGCUGAAGCUAAACAAAUGGCUGAGGAUGAAAUGUUUAUGGAGAAUGAUGUGCUAGGUCUCUUGCCGGCCAAAGUUCUGCUGCCGAGAAGGUCGUCUCUGACAAGCCUGUCCAGCAUGUCAAGUGCAGAGGUGAUGUUUGACCAGCCUACCACUCUUGAAGAGGGUGAUGAAGAUCAGAUAGCUGUGCCAGUUAGAAGAAAAACUGGGAGGAAGAAAAAGCGUCGUUCAGUUGGGGAUGUGGUGACCAGGCAAGGUCGCAGGCACAGCAGUGCAGGCAGUCUGCAGGCUGACACAGCCUCACCAAGAGAUGGUUCCCUGGCAAUGUUAGACGAUGGGUCAUCCCCCAGUGUGUCAGGCCUGAUUGGGGGAGAGGAGGACUCAAUAUCACUCUAUUCCAACAACUCAGUAAACCUGGAGGAUGGUGUUUGUACGCAUGCUCUCGCCAGGGACACUCCGGACAGUGCCAGUCUAGAUCAGACAAUAGAUACCCUGAGCUUAGGAUCACCAAUGUCAGCAAGCGGUGACCAUGGUUACAGCGGGGAGUUUGGAAGGAGUGAUGAGUUUCUGCAGAGUGGAGAAUCUUACACUGGGGAGAGCAAACAAAGGGGAGCAACUCUGACAUCUGCCGCUCCCAAGGCUGCAUUCAAGCAGUUCAAAGACAAAGUUCAGAAUAAAAUGUCAACAAAAACUAAAACCCUCAUCAAGAACAUAAAAGACAAGAACCUUCUUACAAAGGCCAAAGAGUUUGCUGAAAACUUGUCUCAGGGAUCAGAGAACUACCUAAACUCGAUUGAAGGCAUGAUAACUGAGCUCCCGAGUGGCAGGAACAACAAUGAUGUUGAAGCAAGUCUUUCAGAGGAGACAUACUCUUCAACUGAAGUUGAUGGUGUAUCAACAUUUGAUGAAACUGAUAGCGCACCAAAAUCAGUUGUUGAUCUUAAAACGUUAGAGAAAGCUACUCAAAACACAAAGGAAAAGCUUAAUAAUGUUGACAUACUAACAAACUCUGAGCUGUUAUAUAACACUUUGUUUGACUGGGUUACUGUUUUAAAUGAAACAAUUCAUGAAAUGCAUUUGAUAAAGUAUGGUUCUCAGUCUAGGCCUCACAUUCUUUCUGUCUUAGAAAAUAACAAUGAAAAAUUGAAAUCCAGUACUGGAAAACCAAAAGACUCAAAUUCUGCAAAUUCAAUUGGUGAGAGUACAGUAAGCACUGAGUGUGCCUUGACUUUAUGUGGGACAAGUCCAGAAAACUCCACAGUCAUGGUCACAGUUCUUCAAGACAAGGACUUCUGCUAUGUGAAAGAUCCAUUACUGUUACCAAGGUUGCUCUUUAAAGAUGUUUGUGAAUUGGCUCAGGCAUGUUUUGAUAUUGGUUGUCAUGGAAAUAUUAUGAAGUUUCACAAGAACACAUCUGGAAAAUCUAGCUUUUCACAAGGGCAUGAUAAAAUGCCCGUAUGUGAUACUGACUGUGGUGCUAGUAAUGGGGAGGAAAGUUGUUCUUGCUCAAAUACUGGAAUAAAUGGUGAUGCCAAAGAAACUGUUAUUGGUUGUGCUGAACGUGAACUUACAAGUACAAGUGUUGUGACUAACUGUGAUAAAAGUGCCUCACAUAUCAGAGAUGACAUGAGUAAAACAUUCAUGAAUACAUUCCAAACUGUAACAGUGUGUGAUAAAGUAGAACAAACUCAGCAUGAACAUAUUGAACAGAAUGGUAAUACUCAAGAGAAAGAGAAAAUUCUUAACAUGCAGAGUUCUGAAAAUGAUGUGAACCAAGGUCAUAACAAUAUGCUACCAAAAUGUGCAGAUACGAUUGAAAAUGUAAAUACAGCUAUGUGUACCACUUCAGAACAUUUUAAGAAUAUCCAAACAGUUAUAUGUGCAGCCUCUGUACCUGAAGAGAGACCUUCAUCAGUUGAAGUUGGUAAAGAGGUGCAAGAUAAAGAAAUGGGCUUCUUUCUGCGCUGCUAUUUUCCUUACAUGCAGGUAGGGAAAGUAAGAGCUGAUGUCCUCAGUGGCCGGGCUGGCUACCACACAUGGACGGCAAUUAUCACCUGCAUGGAGGUGUUGGCAGCAUAUGACAGUGAACGUUAUGGAGUGGAACAGAGGUCGAUUAUCGGGCAUUUGCUGGAAAACCAGGCUCACCUUGACCAUGGGGCAGCUCUUGUAGGCCAUGUUGCCAGGUUGUUCCGGUCAAGGAGCCCUGACAUUGGAGAGGUGUGUAUGCGCUGCAGCCCCCAUGUGACCCCAAUGGAUGUGCUCUACCUUUCCCGCCUCCACAAUGUUUCCAUGGAUACCACUUUCAAACCCUAUGUGAUGUGGCUCUCUUAUGACUCCUCAGCUUCUGUCAGAGAGGCUGUGUUUGCAGGUUUACACAAGCACAUGUCACUGCUACUCUCCUGGCUGGAGAUGUUGCUAAGUGAUGGCUUGAAUGAGGCAGACACCAGGACUAUGCAGGGACAGUCAAGGGUGAUGAGUCAUCAGUUACAGUGGAAACAUGGAGGCCAGCUGGCUAAACUGACACAGUGCGUUGAGUUGACCAGCGUACCUGAUGUUCUAGAUCUCUUCUAUAAAUAUAGGUACUGGGUGGGGGUGCUGAAGCUGUUGAAAAUGUCAGGCAGACACAGGGACCAUCUUACACUAGUACUCCAACUCCGAGAUAGGAAACUGAUAUCUGGAACUUCAGAAAUUGGUUAUAUGCCACAUUCUGCUGAAGAAUGGAAAGAGUUAUUGCUCUUGUAUAAAUCAAUCUGUGUGGACCAGUCUGAAGAUGCUACAGAUUCUGAUUUGCUGACAUGGAGCAGCCUUGCCAUUCUAUUGGUCCGCUAUGUGGGCCCAGAGGGUGCUGUAUCCCUGCUUGAGGAAUGUCAGGUUCCUGAUGGGGUGUUGUCUCCUGAGUUCUUUCAAACCUGCCUGCUCUCUGGAUUGGUGAAUAAUUACCAGAGGAAGGUCUUGCAUGCCAUGCUGGAGAAGGUGGACAGCUACCUAUGGUCCCAGAGACCCACAGCAGUCACACCACAAGUUCAUUUCCUGGCUGUAACAGAGAGGAGCAUAUCAGGGGAAACAUCCCAGCAGCAGCAGCGCACACAAGCACAGGCUCUGGGGGGUUACCUGUGUUCGGAGGGAGACCCAGCCUACCAGACUGAAGACCCAGAGUGCCAUUGGGGCAUAAAGACAAGGAUUAACAAAGUGUGCUUGUGCUGCAACAUCAGUCUGAUGGAGGCAGUGUCCCAUGAUGACCCGGGAGUACUCAUUUUCAAAUGUGGCCACGGUUUUCACAAGCUGUGUGUACCAGGUAGACUGUGCCCACUGUGCCAUGAUUUAGGGCUACAACAGGAAUGUGAACCAGUCUGUUAGUCAGUUAUACUACACUUAUAUAUUCAGUCAUUUUUUUUGCUCAAAAUCCAAAUUCAUUCCAAUUAAUAUGGUGCUGAGGACACUCGUUUGUGUAUUUACAUGUAUAUUUCUAUAGUAUAUUAUAGCUUGAAAUUGACAAUAUUUACAUUGUUGUUAAUGUAAUGGACUGCUUGUAAACAAUCAAAAUAGUUAAUAUAUAUUUUGCUUAAACAAUCAUAUUACAAGUGUAUACCAGUAUACUAUGCAUCACUAUUGUGUUUUAUUAUUUGUGUCAACCUUUAGAAGUUGUGUUUUCAUGCCCUUGCAGUUGCCAUUCCAUAUUUAUGAAAUACACAAGCAAAGUGUUAUCACUAAUUAUCAUCUGUCUUUAAAUGGUAAAUCAUCUUUAGUUUUCAUGCUCAUGCCUCGGCCAAUGGGGUUACUGGACAGAUUCACAUACAAUCAUUUAAAAUGGUCGGACAACAAAAAGUCCAUUAAACAUAUGACAUCUGCCAAAAGUCCACUUAAUAUUGAAAACAACUGCCAAAUUCCCAUUUAUUUGUUUUAUUGAGUGAGUUAUUUACAAAGUCUUUCAUACACACUGGCUUGUAUAGAGACAUAUGCGAGGCAUUUCUUGCUGAACACUAAGAAAGUUUUGUAUUUCUAAACGAUGGGUUUGGCUGACUUAAUCGUUCAGAAAACCUGUUACUCAUUUCUGUCAUAACUUACCCUACACUGAAGCAUGAGUACUUUCUAUUCUCAGAUUUGAAAUAAAUUGACACUUUAAUUUUCAAUAUUCUAAUCUUUACCAUUGAAUAUUGACAUUUAUUACGUUAGGAAAAAGUGUAGCAAACAUGCUUUAUCUGCUUAUUUUUAAUUAUAUCUGUUUUGUAGUUAUAAACCCUUCAUACGAACAUUUUGUAAUUCUUAAAGCACUCAACACUUUUCAACAAACAAUUCCCCAUUAUAAACGAUCAUGGAGGUAUUAUCAAAAUAAUAGAUACAGUACGAGUCUUCCUGCAAAAGUGUCCUCUUACAGAUGUAAGAAGCCGUUUCGCUAAGACGAACACCAAUUUUGUCCGAGGCAAAAAAAAACACGAGUAACUGUACUGCAGUAUCGGACUUUUACGAUGAUAAGUGUAUUGCAUAUAUUAGUGAGAAAAUAAUGCGUUAAUAAAUAAAUAAAUAAAUACAUACUUAUAAAUAGAUAAAUAUAAAUAUUUUUCCGAAUGAUAAACAUUAUUAGAUUAUUAUCAUGGCCUUUCUAAAUACAAUGUAUCUGCUAGUGGGAUUACUCGAAAUUAUUGUGCAUGGUCAGCUUACAACUGUAAGAAGACACUUUUUCAAUAGCUCUGCUGAGGGUAUAGUCUAUAUAUAACUAUAUAUCGAUUGCAGUCUAAAUUGUAAAACAAAAGACAGUUGAAUUUAGAAAAGCUUGGUUUUUCUACAACCAUUCAUUGAAUACUUAAUUUCAUUAUCAGACUUAUUACAUGGUUUGUGUUGUGUUGUUUUGUUUAAAUCUAUAAUUUAUAUAGGAAUGUUGCUGUUAUAUAACGUUGAAAAAAGGUUUUACAAGUUGUUAUUUAUGCUUGAUUUUAGUUUGUAUGUAAUUGUGAACCUAAUAUUAUUUAUGCAGUUAUGAGUAAGAUUAUACGUUUACAUAUAAAAGUAACAAUCAGUGCAAUAAAAGAAAAAAAUGUUUUCAACAUCA